CCACCGCCGCCGCCGUGGUGCCGUGUGCAACCGGGGAAAGACUAGGCCGGCCGCGCGCCCGCCGCCUCCAUUCGAAUACGCGCGGUAGUCCAGUGACUGGAAAGCAGCCCCCUCGCUAGUUUCCGGCCUCGCCUACCAACGAAAGCCGAACAGGUUACGUGAGUGAUACCCGGCCAGCAAAAUGCCUUUCAAGCCUAUCGAGAACCCAAAGUGCCCUAAAUGUGGCAAAUCUGUGUAUGCUGCUGAAGAGAGAGUAGCUGGUGGGCUGAAAUGGCACAAAAUGUGCUUCAAGUGUGGAAUGUGUAACAAGCUGCUCGACUCCACCAACUGCUCCGAGCACGAGGGGGAGCUUUACUGCAAGGUGUGCCAUGCCCGCAAGUUUGGCCCCAAGGGCUAUGGAUUUGGUGGUGGCGCUGGCUGCCUUAGCAUGGACACCGGAGACCACCUGCAGAAAGACGCUGAACAGGCUGUGAGUAAUGCAGUGUAUGCAUUGAAAAACAUAGCUAAGGCUCCAGAAGGGGAAGGCUGUCCAAGAUGUGGUGGCUAUGUUUAUGCUGCAGAACAAAUGCUGGCCAGGGGAAGGGGUUGGCACAGGGAAUGCUUCAAAUGUGCAGAAUGUUCGAAACGACUGGACUCUGUCAAUUGUUGUGAAGGACCUGAUAAGGACAUUUACUGCAAAGUUUGCUAUGGGAAACGCUUUGGUCCACGAGGGGUCGGGCAUGGAGGAGGGUUUACAAUUGGUCUUACAUCAGACAUAACAGAUGAGAGUGAAAUAACUGCACCUAAGACCACUGUGAUUGAUACUGCUGUGAUCAAGGCACCUCCAGGAAAAGGUUGCCCUCGUUGUGGUGGUGUUGUUUACGCAGCUGAACAAGUGCUUGCGAAGGGCCGUGAAUGGCACCGGAAGUGUUUUAAAUGUCGUGACUGCACUAAAACCUUGGACUCCAUCCUGGCCUGUGAUGGGCCAGACCGUGAUGUCUACUGUAAGACUUGUUACGGAAAAAAGUUUGGUCCCCAUGGUUAUGGAUUUGCUUGUGGCUCUGGAUUUUUGCAGACUGAUGGUUUAACGGAAGAGGAGAUAUCUGCAUCAAGGCCAUUCUACAACCCAGACACAACUUCAAUAAAGGCUCCAGCUGGCCAAGGCUGUCCAAGGUGUGGAGGUGCAGUAUUUGCCGCUGAACAACAACUGGCAAAGGGAACGAUGUGGCACAAGAAAUGUUUCAACUGUAAUGCUUGCCAUCGACCUCUGGACUCUGUACUGGCAUGUGAUGGACCAGAUCGAGAAAUCUAUUGCAGAGCUUGUUACGGAAAGAAAUUUGGUCCUAAGGGCUUUGGCUAUGGUCAUGCACCGACACUGGUGUCCGAUGGAGAAAUUACAACACCAUACUUUGAUGCCAAACCAACAUCUGGACCUAAAGCAGCUGAAGGGAAAGGCUGUCCGAGAUGUGGCUAUGCUGUGUUUGCUGCUGAACAGAUGAUAAGUAAAAACAGAAUUUGGCAUCGGCGUUGCUUCAGCUGCGGCGAGUGUCGUCGUUCUCUUGAUUCAACCAACCUCAAUGAUGGCCCUGAUGGAGAUAUCUAUUGCCGUGGGUGCUAUGGAAGGAAGUUUGGACCUAAAGGGGUGGGAUUUGGAAUGGGUGCUGGUACUCUGACCAUGGCUUGAGGCUUCCAGAGUUCCUAUGUAUGCACCAGUAUACCAUCCCGGCGUAAUAUUUCAUACUCUAUCAUUUGAAGACUACAGGGAAUAACAGGGAACUGUUUGUGCAGUUACUACGCUUAUGAUUUACUGUUCCAGUUUUAUUAUUCACACUGAAUUUGAAAGUGUGAUUGCUUAAUUUUCAUUUUGAAAAACAUUACAGUCUUCCUUUGUAUUAAAUACCUAAUGGAAUACUGACAUGUUUCACACACUUUCAGUUACUUAAACAGAACCUACUCUGCUUUACCACGGUGGUCAGAAGACUUGAAUCUGUACGAAAAAUGCCGGGAUGUUGCUGUUUCUUUUUUCCUUUUUUGUGUUUGUGAAUGAUUUCUAGGUGAAAGUUAAAAACUGUGGAUGAAUGUGAAAGCUUAAUUGACUGUUUUUGUAAACUGGUGACUGUAUGCUUAAAGUAUUCCAGGAUUUUUGAAUAGAAGUUUUUGUAUAUUUUUCUUAUUUUUACAGUAGUUUUGGGGCAGGUUGUAUUGUAUGAUGGUUCGUGCAUUCCGAAAAUUCAGUUUCCCUGACCACCAUGUUCUAAGCGCUAAAACUCUCUCUCUCUCUCUCUCUCUCUCUCUCUCUCUCUCUCUCUCUCUCUCACUCACACACACACACACACACACACACACACACACACACACACACACACACACACACACACACACACA